GUGCGACGCAGCGGCCGUGUUUGUAAAGUUCGCGGCCUGUGGGGAGAAUGGAGCCGCUGUCGGGCUCCUUGUUCCCGGCGUUCGGUGUGAGGGAAUCCCGCUGUGCAAGUGGCUCUGAGGGAUUGGAUUGGCUCAGUAAUCAAAGCUUCCGCACUGAAGAUGCCCUGCAACUGCACCAUCGUAUCGUGGGCGAUGCAGCAGACACAACCCAGGGGUCACCCCAGGCAAGUGAUCAUUCAGGGAUAUCUGGGGGAGUUUUGGAUCGAGGCGCACAAGAUGCACCGGCCAAAAAAAAGAAGAAAAAGAAGAAACAUCGGCAGCACAGAAAGGAAAAGAGGAAGGACAGAGCGAUUCACACCGACAGCGAAUCUGAUCCUGAACUCUUCCGACAUAAAGACACGGAGACUCCUGCAGAGAGGUCUGACUCCAGUGCUGGUCUUCCUCAGGGUCAAUUCAUGUGGCUGGAUGACCUCCAUCUGCAAACUGCACAGACCUUCUGUAUAGACAGAAAAGCUGAUCCUGCCAACUGGGAGUACAAGUCACUCUAUCGGGGAGAUUUGGCAAGGUACAAGAGGUGUGGGGAUGUCUGCCUUGGCCUUGACACCAGAAAGCAGCACAUUAUCUGGGAAGAUUCACCCCGACCAAAGAAAAAGGCCAGGAAGAGGGAUGAUCGAUACUACAGCUCAUCGGGCCUUCAGUUCCUGAGCACUGGCCCUGUUCCUGUUCGCUGUAGAGAGUGUGUGCAAGGAAGCAUUCCUGUGUCUGGUACAAACUCCUUCAUACCAGUUCCAGACUGGGCAGAGAUUGAAAGUAAAUCCUUAGGCACUGUCACCUGGUUCAAUCCACUUGGAAUUUACGAUGAAUCCACCGCUUUGUGGCUCCAGGGAAAAGGCCGAGAGGAGCCGGAGAAGCAAGCCUGCGUGCCCUCCGAUAGCAGUGAGAAGAUAAACUGGGUAAACAUGGCCAAAGUGGAGAUGUUCAAUAGGAUGUUGAGAGAAGACCCUGGGAAUGUCCAAACCUGGAUGGAGUUUGUUCGUUUUCAGGAUGAAUUAAUGCAGGACCCAAGUCCGUACAUGACCUCUGCAGCUGAGUCUGAGAAACGGAAGAGAUCCCGAAGGGCUGUCUGGGAGAAAAAGCUGGCCAUUUUGGAACGGGCCAUUGAGAGCAAUCCCGACAAUGUGGAGCUGAAAGUAGCCCGGCUGGAGCUCGGCAAAGAAUCUUGGGAACCAUCCAAUCUGGUCAACGAAUGGAAAAAGGUGGUCUUUCUACACCCAAACAACACCACUCUGUGGCAGAGGUACCUGCUGUUCUGCCAGAGCCAGUUCAGCACCUUUUCGACAUCCAAGGUCAAUGGUAUCUAUGGCAAGUGCCUGAGUACCCUGGCAGCUGCUCUGGAUGGUACCCUACUGUCCCAUCCUGCACUGCCUGACACAGAGGAAGCCAUGCUUGCAAUUUUCCUGCAGCAGUGUCACUUCUUGCGACAGACUGGCCAUUCGGAAAAAGCCAUUGCCCUCUUCCAGGCUCUCAUUGACUUCACCUUCUUCAAACCUGACAGUGUUGCUGGCCUGAUAACCAAGGCACAGGUGGAGUUCUUUGAACCGUUCUGGGACAGUGAUGAGCCCCGGUUUGGAGAAGGAGGGGCAAGAGGUUGGAGAGUUUGGAUGCGACAGCAAGAAAGGGGCGGCUGGGUUGUCCUGAAUGAGAAAGGCGACGAUGAGGAUGAGGAGGAAGAUGGGGAGGAGGUCACGGACAAGACACUGCCCAAGUGGCAGCUUUGGUUACAUGUGGAGAGCAGCCGUGACUCCAAGCACUGUUUGCCAUGGCGAGCUGAUAAGGCGAAGGGUCAGACUGAAGAAGACUGUGAGGAUCCUGACAGACAGGUGCUGUUUGAUGACAUUGGUUCUUCAAUGUUCAAAGUAUCCAGCCCAGAACUGAGGUUCCAGCUCAUGUCAUCGUUUUUCCAGUUGCUGGGAAUUCCAACAGGAUUCAGCCUGCCUCCGUGCUGCCUGAAUGUGGUGCUGGAUGAUCCUGGAGUGUUUGACUGUGGCUCAGCUGAUGAGAGACCUCUGUCUUGCUGUCCCCCUCCAGCUGCUGGGGUCAGCACCAUCGGCUUCAUGCCAGCAAUGCCUAAUGCCAGGCAGCCAGUCAGCCACUGCCCAGAAGGGGAGGACUUCAUACAAACCGCGUUUCACCAGGCGUUGCCCCUGUUCACUGGGAAGGAGCGGUCAGAGCUCGCCCUGUACUGGCUGCAGUAUGAAAAAUCAAAGGUGGUGAGGAGCUUGCAGCUCAGGAGAAAGAAGCAGCUGAAAUCUCUGGGGAAGAGGAGCAAGAAACUCGCUAAAAACCUUCUGAAAGAGGGUGAAAACCGGAACAAUCUGUCCCUGUGGAGGGAAUACGCCCAUUUGGAAUGGCUGCUGGGGAAUGUGGAGGACUCGAGAAGGGUUUUUGACACGGCCAUUGCUAUGUCUGUCUCUCAGGGCCUGCAGAGCUCCACCCUGUGUGACCUCUGCUUCCUGUACUCCUCACUGGAGCUGGAGUCAGUGCAGAGUGUCAGCGCGUCAACAACAAUGCGGGCGGUUUAUAUCCUCACCAGCCUUGCCCUGGGUAUCACCUACUCACCUUACGCAGGUGAAGUGCUGCCAGUUAAUGUGCUGAAGGCUCGAAAAACAUACGAGCGAUCUUUCCGGGACUCGCCCACCCAUGACGCAGCUUUAACCGGCAGCCAGAGGCCUGGCCAGCUCAUAAGCCUGAUGGGCUGCUUCGCCCUCUUCCAGUACCUGACGCUGGGCAUCCAGGCUGCCGACUCACUGUACGGGCAGGCAGCUGAAAGGCUUGUAGGCCUCUCCUCGGUGGAAAAGGCCCAGCCCAAGCCGAGCGUGUGGCGACAGAGUGUGAUGUGUGCGUUGGAGAGGCUGACCGUGAUGCACGUGAGGCUGCUGGGGUUCCACAUGCAGGCCAGCGUGUAUCCCCUGGGCCCUGUCCGCCACACGCUCACACACGCUCUGGGCCAGUAUCCUGGCAGCCUCCAGCUCUGGAAGCUCUACACGCAGGUUGAAAGCCGCUCUCACGAUGCCAGCCGAGCGCGAAGGUUCUUCGACGCCACUGCCAGGUCAGCGCAAGACCUCAUCGUGCCGCGGCUGUUUGCCAUCUACGCAGAAGAGCGGAGAAAGGAGCGUGUCGACGCUGUGCAGCGGGCAGAUCUUGGGAUUUUGUACAACACUUUCCCAGAAACUGGGCUCACCAACCGGAUCCGAGCGCUGUUUGAGUACGCUGUUCAGACAGAGGCUGGUGCACACUCUGUUUUACUUUGGAGGAUGUACCUGAACUUCACGGUGACUCAAGGAAACAUUGAGAAGACAAAGGGUGUAUUUUACAGAGCACUGCAGGCGUGCCCAUGGGCAAAGGUGCUAUACUUAGAUGCAGUCAGCCACUUACCUGGACAACUCCAAGAAAUAAUAGACUUAAUGACGGAAAAGGAGAUUCGGAUCAGAGCUCCUCUGGAGGAGUUGGAAAUUCUUAUGGAAGAUUGAUUGGGGAGAACAAAGCCGUACAUUUACUUAACACCUUUCACAGCUCCUGGGUAUCCCUACAGCAUUGGAUCCACCAUUGUUGGAAAUGAGGCAGAGAGCCAGAGCUCAGUCAAGCUGUGACAAACAACAAUGAUCUAAGUGACCAGACUAGGUGUGGUUUAAGGGCCGAAUGUUGGCCAGGACAGCUGUUACCUAAAACUGGAAGCAGAUUGGCAGGAAGCCAGGUGCUCCGGGCAGUGAAUUUGGUGACUGGUUUGGUGAUCCUGGUUGGGUGAGGGAGACCAGUCAGUAUAUCGAGAAUAAUUAGCUUUCAAAUGAUGCCAUGUAGCCUUUGACAUCUGUCCAUCCUAAGGAUGGGUUAUUGGACACUCAUUCAGAGGAUUUAAAGGAAGUUAAAAUAUCUAUUUUGUAAUAAAUGGUUAAACGUGUAAAGUUACUGCUUAUUUGUAUCGUUUUCUGAACUAGAUAGUCAUGAUUACUGGGUUUGUUUUGUAAACUUGGUGAGGUGUAUGACAUUACAGGUUAUUUUUUGAAUCUCUGAGAUGCUCUUCAAUCCUCUGGGGCCUCUCCUGUGACUAAAGAGAAUAUACAACGUCCCAGCAAUUUCCUGACCCGCCUCCCUCAGCAUUCUGGGAUAUGUCCUAUCAGGUCCUGGGGACUUGUCUCCCUUAAAGCUUUUCAAAACAUCUAACACCUUUUUCAUAUCCUGUAUGCACUAGAAUAUCGACUCACCAUCCACCAAGUCCUUCUCCUUUGUGAGUACUCAUGUGUUCAUUAAAGAUCUCAGCCAAUUUCUCUGGCUCUACACAUAAAUUCCCUUCUUUGUCCUUAAGUGAAUGUCUCCUUUCCCCAGCUAUCUUCUUUCUCCUAAUGUGUUUACAAAAUACCUUGGGAUUUUCCUUAAUGCUGUUUGCCAAAGACAUGGCCCCUUUGAGUCCUCCUAGUUCCUUGUUUGAGUUCUUUCUUUCUAUCCUGGUAUCCUUCAAGAUCUUUCUGUCUUCAGUUUCUUAAACCUCACGUAGGCCUCUUUUGUUUUAAACUAAGCUCUCAAUUUCAAUUCCUAGCCAGCUGGUUGGAUAUUGGAUAUGAGUCACGUCAGCAUUCCUUGGAAUUUUUCUUCAUCCUACAUGGACCUAACAGUUCAGCAGCUGAAGAAAAGAAACUGCGGGUCUACAGAGAACGGGGAGGGAGGGAGGAUUAGUGGAGCUGCUCUUGCAGAGGGUCAGCAUGGACAUGUCCGGCUGAAUAGCCUGCUAGGUUGUAAUGUGCUGGCCUCCUGUCAGUUUGUAGCAUAGUUGUUAUUCGGUGAAAUACAGUGUAACUAGCUGGCAACAUGGUAAAAGCAUGUGCUUUUCUCUCAGGUGUUUGUUAAACACCAUUUGCCCCUUAAAUUGUCCAACGUAAACUCCUUGUUUUUAAGGAUCCAAGCAUAACUCAGGCACCCAUUUAUAGAUUAUUAGCCCAGAGCAUUACCAUCACACCACACUGAACUAAAGAAGGAAUGGGAUAGUAGGAGGGGGAGGUAUCUAAAAACUUAGUGAAGAGAUUGGAUUUCAGGGGAGGGGGCUCUUUAAGAAGGAGAGGCAGAGAGGUUUAAGGAGACAAUUCCAGAAGGUCGGAAUUAAAUGGUUGAAGAUCAGUUGUAGAAUGGAGAGAAUAUGUGGAGGCCAAAUUUACUGCAAGGUGGAACACGUGGAGGCUGUUCGGGUGCCAAGGGAAGGCUGAGGCAAUGGAUGGAUUUGAACAUUAAAGAUGAGAUCUCCAAAUCAGAGUUCAGUCCAUUAAACCCAUUUGGCUCAAUUUACAGGAGUCUGAAGGGCUGAAUAGAUCAGUUUGAUGAACUGCUUGGUACCUGUGUAACUGCCCCAGCUGCAGCAAUAUGUUUGUCACUGAUUCUCACAAACUGGUUUCUCAGAAUUGAAUAAUCCUGCGUUGAAUUUGAUAUAGCUAAUGUAAGUUUUAAUUUUAAAAUUGGAAUAAAUGAUUGUCAGUAUUGACCCUUUUCAUCUCAUAUUGCGAAGACACAUUGAAGUUUGUCAUGUUGAUUAAAACUGUUCUGAUCUAAUGAAAGCAUGCAGCUUUUGGAUACACUAAUGAGUAUUCCCAUGUAUCUCUCGAGAAUGCUCUGUCUCAUUAUUGUCUUUAGUGAGUUUCCUUUUGUCAUUUCCGAAUUCACCAGCAGUCUUUAUCUUUGAACUGAUACCUUGAACAUAUUCAUUAUCCUGGAGUUCCUUAUUUGUACCCUGUGGAGACAACCAGCUAUUGAUUACUCUCUCUGCUUUUCUUAAACAAGUUACACCCUGCCCUAGAUACAGACCUCUUCUUCCCUUAAGCCUCUUGUUUUGAUUGGAACUUAUACUGGAUGAGCAAAAGGCUUGGCAGGAAGGAUUAGGGAGAACCCAAAGGCAUUUUACUCAUACGUGAGGAAUAAGAAAGUGAUCAGGGAGAAGGAGGGCUGAUCAGGGAUAGCGUAGGGAACUUGCGCAUGUAGUCUGAGCUGAUGGGGGAAGCCCUAAAUGAGUUUUUUGCAAAGGAAAGGGACCUUGUUGUGAAUGAGCACUUUGAGGAGCUGGGAA